ACACCAGAAAAAGUAAAGGACUCCUAAUCCUACUAAUACGAAAGAAUCAGUCUCAAGUAUAGCUGUUAACCGCCAAAUAGAUUUCUCUGUUUUUCUCUCCUGAGAGAACAUCCAUCAUCGUCUUCGCUGCCCGCCAUGGCUAUGGCGAUUAGGGCAUUUCUCCAUUUUUUCUUCCUUUCUUCUUCUUUUUUUGCUUUCGCUCUCUAUGAAGAUCAAAUUGGCUUAAUGGACUGGUAAUUGUCACUUUCUUCAAAUCAGCAGUACUUAGGUAAAGUAAAACAAGCUGUUUUUCACACUCCAAAAGCUGAACGAAAGAGACUUGUUGUUUCCACUGAAGAGAGUGUUAUCGCUUCUCUUGAUCUUCGUCGAGGCCAGAUUUUUUGGAGACACGUGCUUGGAGAGAAGGAUCCAAUUGAUCACAUUGAUAUUGCUCUUGGGAGCAUCCUUAGAGCAUGGAAUCUUCCUGAUGGGCAGAUGGUGUGGGAGUCAUUUCUUGUUGGCAAGAAACCAUCAGAAUCUUUGUUGUUGACAGUGAUUGAUUUGAAGGUGGAGCGUGAUAAUGUAAUUCUUGUAUAUAGUAAUGGUUGCCUCCAUGCAGUAUCUAGUGUAGAUGGACUAGUCCUGUGGAAUUUGGAACUUGAAAGUGUGGAGCUUCAACAGUUAGUCAAGCCUGUCAGUGGUGAUGUCAUGUAUGCUGUAGGUUUUGCCGGCUCCUCCAAGUUACAUGCCUAUGGAAUGAAUAUCAAAACUGGAGAGUUACUCCUGCGAGAUUCUAUUGACAUUCCUGGUGGCUUCUCUAGGGAUUUAUCUCCUGUUUCCAGUGAAAUAUUUGUAGCUCUGGAUGUUCAGCUUACAUUGCUGGGGAUAGUAAGGUUAAAUGAUGGAAAACUCAGUUUCAAGGAAGCAGAGAUUCAUGAUCUUGUUCCACAAAUUUUUGAAAGGGCUACUGUAUUACCUUUGAAGCUAGUAGGAAUGUUUGCCAUAAGGUGCAGUCCCUAUAUAGUUUUUGUGAAAGUUAAUGACCAAAGCAAGCUUGAAGUUGUGGACAAAAUUGAAGAUUCUGCAGCAGUUAGUGAUGCUCUUUCAUUUACUGAAGAGCAGCAAGCGUUUGGAAUUGUUCAACAAGGGGGUGGUAAAACUCAUCUUACAGUGAAGCCUGGUGAUGACUAUAGUACUGAUCUUCUGAAAGAAAGCAUUCAGAGACCAGAACGAGGGCUUGUUCAGAAGGUUUUCAUAAAUAAUUAUAUUCGCACCGAUGGAUCUUAUUGAUUUAGAGCAUUGGUUGUUAUGGAAGAUCACUCUUCAUUAUUAUUGCAACAAGGUAAUAUUGUUUGGACCAGAGAAGAUGGGCUUGCUUCAAUUGUAGAUGUAACUACUUCAGAGCUACCCCUAGAAAAGAAAGGUGUAUCAGUUGGCAAAAUGGAGCAAGGUCUUCUUGAGUGGCUGAAGGGACACUUUUUGAAACUUAAAGGGACUUUGAUGCUUGGUCACCCUGAAGAUAUGGCCGCCAUUCAGGAAUUGAGGAUAAAGAGUUCUGGAAAAAGCAAUUUGACCGAAGAUCAUAAUGGCUUUUGGAAAUUGCUAGUAGCACUGACUAAAGCCGGGAAAGUUUAUGCAUUGCAGUCGGGAGAUGGACGAGUAGUUUGGUCCAUUUUUCUGCCUAAAUUGCGGAAAUCCGAUACGUGUGAGAAUCCUGUUGUUCUCAAUCUGUAUCAGUGGCAGGUUCCUCAUCAUCACGCUUUGAAUGAGAAUCCAGCUGUUCUUGUUGUUGGUCGUUGUGGGAAUGUAGUUGAUGCGCCUGGUAUUAUUUCAAUUGUUGACACCUACAUAGGGCAGGAGCUGAACUCACUGGGGUUAGCUCAUUCUGUUGCUGAAGUCAUACCAUUGCCAUUUGUGGACUCAACAGUAAGGUGUCUUCACUUAUUUGUAGAUGCAAAUAGCAUUGUGCAUUUAUACCCUAAGACUCCUGAAUCUGCUGCUAUAUUUGAGGAGUUUUCUAAUGUGUACUGGCACUCUGUUGAUACUGAAAAUAACAUAUUGAGAGGAUUCGCAUUAAAUGGAAAAUGCAUGAAUGAGCUGGCUGAUCAAUUUUGCUUUAGGUCAAAGGAUCUAUGGUCAAUUGUACUCCCUUCAGACUCGGAAAAGAUCAUUGCAACUGCUGCAAGGAAGUCAAGUGAGGUGAUGGCUGACCGAGAUGUGAUGUACAAGUAUAUAUCCAAAAAUCUAUUAUUUGUUGCCACUGUUGCACCAAAAGCGGCUGGUGAAAUUGGAUCGGUAACCCCUGAUGAGGCAUGUUUGGUUGUGUACCUCAUAGAUACUGUGACUGGUCGGAUACUACACCGUGUGACGCACCAUGGCGCACAGGGUCCUGUCCGUGCAGUUUUCAGUGAGAACUGGGUUGUCUAUCACUAUUUUAAUCUCAGGGCCCAUCGAUAUGAGAUGACGGUGAUUGAGCUUUAUGAUCAAUCUCGAGCGAAUGUCUGGAGCUUGAUCAUUGGGAAACAUAAUCUUACUUCCCUAAUUUCCUCUUAUUCUCGGUCAGAAAUCAUGACAAAGUCACAAUCUUAUUUUUUUACCCAAUCUGUGAAGACAAUAUCCGUAACCUUGACCGCAAAGGGAAUAACAGCAAAGCAGCUUCUUGUAGGAACUACUGGUGAACAGGUUUUGGCUCGUGAAAAGCGGUUUCUUGAUCCUCGUCGGACAACGAAUCCAACGCCGACUGAUUUAGAGGGUAUUAUACCUCUAACAGAUUCAUUGCCUAUUAAUCCCAAGUCCUAUCUGACUCAUGCACUCAAAGUGGAAGGUCUUAGAGGCAUAGUUUCUAUUCCAGCAAAACUAGAGUCGACUAUACUCAUCUUUGCUUAUGAAACCGAUUUGUCUUUCACCCGCCUUACCCCAUCGAGAACUUAUGACUCCUUGACAGAAGACUUCAGUUAUGCACUACUUCUCUUAACCAUUGUUGCGCUUGUAGCUGCAAUCUUUGUCACCUGGAUCUUAUCUGAGCGAAAAGAAUUGAGAGAUAAGUGGAGGUGAUUUUUCUGUAUCCAAUAUUUUGUUUUUGACAAGUUUAACAUUUUUUUUGAACAAUAUUUACACUUAACAAAUUUUGUAGCAUAUUUGUGGUGAGGUAACUCAUCGUCAUUGUAAAUCUAGAAUUACUAGAGAUUACUACACAAAUGAAAUAGCCUUAAUCUGUUCCAUCAAA